GAGAGAGAAAUGGAAACUGCUCACAAAGGCAAGAUCGGCCCCCAUCUGGAAAUCAAUUUGAUCCUAUUUUAUGUAGCUGCUGUGGGGGCCUGCACCGUCUCCAUCACGCAACCACGUUACUUGGAAGUGGACCUCACUUACAAGACUGUCACUAUCGAGUGCACCUUCUCCAAGAGUGGCUGCCCUUUGGCGCAAACAACAAGCUUGUGGUUCCGCCAUGGCGUGCAACAGCCUGAGAACCUGUGCUUGGAUGGCUGCAGAAGUGAGGCAGACAAAUUCACAGUGAGGGAAGUCCUAGCCCAAAAUCAAGUUUCCCUCACCAUAAACAGGGUGACUUCAAACGACAGUGCAAUUUACAUCUGUGGAAUCGCUGUUGCUACUCCUGCACCGAGAGCUAAGCAAACUGGAGAUGGGACCAUGCUGGUGGUGAGAGACGGCAAGCUCCUCAGCAGGGAAGUGCGGAGCCUGCUGACGGCUCUCCUAGCACUGCUCUCCAUCUACAUCGCUGGCGUCUGCGUCAUCUUCAUAAUCUUCUCCAAAGCAAAAUCGAACAUCCUAAGAAACAAAGAAACAAAAGAAGAUCCACAAAAGAAAAGUGUUCGGAGAAUUUUUCAGGAAAUUGCUCAAGAAUUGUACCAUAAGAGAUACGUGGGCAGAAGCCAACAACCUGAGAAAGAUAACAACACUUAUGAAAACAGAAGUACACUCUCCAACUAUGAAAGACCAUAA